UUCUUUAAUGUGUUUGUCUAGACUCUAGAAAGGACAGAAGAUGAGAAAUGAGUGAACGAAAAACAAAGAUAAACUUAUAAUAAGAUUUUCAUGAUUCUAACUCCAAAAAUCAAAGCUUAACAAAUAAUUCAAUGGCAUCAUGUGUAGGAACUUUAUCAUCACCCAACCACACUCUACUUUUCUCACAAAUCAAACAUUCUGCUGCUGCAAAGACAAGGAGGAGAGUUGUAAGAGCAGAGAGUGUCAUAGAGAAACUUGGCAUCAAGAUUGAGAGAAACCCUCCUCACUCCAAACUCACUCAACUUGGUAUCAAGCAGUGGCCCAAAUGGGGCUGCCCUCCAAGCAAAUUCCCAUGGACAUAUGAUGCCAAAGAGACAUGCUAUCUUUUGGAAGGAAAAGUGAAGGUGACUCCUAGUGGUUCAAAUGACUCUGUUGAAAUUGGUGCUGGUGAUUUGGUUGUGUUUCCUAAAGGAAUGAGUUGCACUUGGGAUGUGUCCGUUGGUGUCGAUAAGCACUAUAAAUUUGAAUAUUAAAAUCUUAAAUACAAGGGAUGCCUAAUAGAUGAAGAUGCAUUGGGAGCACUUUCAUUAAUUCAAUAACUAGGUCAUAUUUUGUUUGUAAUAAUGUACUAUGUUAAAUGAAUGUUGAGGUUAGUCGGGACAUAGACACAUUAAACAAGUAGUUAAGUAUUCAAUUUAUGACUUUUGCAUAUGGAUAUAUGAUUGAGAAGAGAUAGUUCUCUUUGUGUGCCAA